CCGCCUCUCCGCGCUAUGAUUGGGUGGCGGGGGAGGCGUGGCCAGGGAGGCGCGGCGGGAAGCCCCCCCAGGUGGUUUUUUUUGGGGGGUACCCACCUCAAAACCCCCAAAAUGGAUUUGGAGGAGCUCCCAACCCAGGACCUGCUGCUGCUGCCAGACCAAGACUCCACAGGACCCCGAAAUUCCAGCACCCCCCAGGAGUUGGAGGCCCAUCCAGGCCUGGCUAAGCUGCUCCAAAGUUUGGGGGGGUUCCUGGGGGAAGAUGGGCUCAGCCUCCCCCUGCAGCAGGAGCUGCACCAGGCCGAAGGGACCCUGGCCAGGGCUAAGGAGCGGUGGCUGCAUCAGGAGCUGCUCUGGCGCCUUCUGGAAGAGCUGAUCCGGGACCCCCAAAACCUGGACCGAUCCGUGCUGCGUUCCCUGGAGGAGGAGCUCACCAGGGCUCAGCUGCGCCGGGGGCCCCGCGAAAUCUCUGAGCUCGUCCCCCCUCCAAAGCACCCCCAAAUCCUCCCCAGGCUCGUCCCGGAGCUCCAGCGACGCUUGAGAGAAAAACGAGAAGAGGUCCAAAAUUUCCUGCUGGGAGGCCCCAAAAUCCCUGAAACUCACCCCCAAAAUCUGCCUCAAAAUCCCCAAAUUCAACCCAAAAAGCCCCAAAAUGCCCCAAAUCUGGCGGGGCUUCUGAGAUCCGAGAGGCUCCGGCUGCACCGAGAGAGGCUCCGGGAACGGCUGCUGAGUAAAAAUCUGGAAAAGAUGCGCUGGAAAUACCACGAGGUUCUGUCCCGCUGUUGCUCCCUCCUGACCCAGCUCUGCUCCCUGCGGAACGUCCAGGCUGACCUGGACCUGGAGCAGGGCCAGUACCUGCAGGCCAAGGGCGAGGCCUUGCUGCUCAAGAGUCGGCUGGAAGAGCUGCACCUCCUAUUGGACACUUACCCCGCCCCCACCAUCGAGGCCCACCGGCAAAUCAGGGCAUUGCUCACCGAGUCCCACCACACCGCUGAGGCCAAACUCACGGAGUUGAGGGCGAAGCUUGAGGCUUACAGGGCCCUGGGCCCAGAAUUCCGGGAUCUGGCGCUGGAAUUGGGCCAAAUCCGCCAGGAAUCAGCACGGAAACGCCAGGCCUUCAGCGAGCUCUGCCCUCCAUCCCCUUGAUGACGAGACCUGAGCUGCCUCCCGGAGGUGACGGGAGUGCUGGGGGCCCUGGCCAGGCAGGGGUGAGAGCGGCACUCCCCCAAAACCCAAAAAAACCCCGAAAAAUCCCACUUGGGAACCUCCAAAAAUCGUCCCCGAAAUCCCCCUCGUGUCUUCGGGAGAGCCCAAACAUCCGGCGGGAUCCGUAAAAACCCACAGAGAUUCCUACAAAAACCCUUCAGGGAUCCCUAAAAUCCCCUCGGGGAUCCUCAAAUCCUUGCAAGUGUGAUAUAUGUUGUUAUAAUUCAUGUUUAUGUGGUAUAAGUAGGUUGUAUAAAAUAAAGAGAUAAAAGAAGAGAACCUUUUAGCCACUACCAGGAAAAGGGUGUUUUCAUCAGACUCCAGCACCCGGAGCCACUGCCAAAGGCCUUCAUUAGCAUAUCAACAGACCUAGCUCGGCAAUCCAGAAACCACUCAACAGAAGAUCAUCAAUAAAAACAUGUCAAGUACCACACCUGAAGACAGCUGGGAGGUUCCUGGGGGCCAUCACAUAUCAAGGCCAGUUCCUGUAAAUCCAGUCAUCUCCACCGGGAAAAGUUACAUUCCAAAGCCUCGGUUCCCGCAAGCAAAAAUCAACCAUCCCAAGGAAAAUUACACAUCAAUACGGAGCAGACACAACCUUCAUCAGGAUUCAUCGACACACAGGAAGGACCUUUGUCCAGAGCAGCACCAAGAAAAGGAUUCAAUCUAAAUAUGAGAAUCCGCAGCAGAAACAAAAGAGACUCUCGCCUCAGCCCACAAAAACUAUAUAAAAAACGGACUCUCCAGGAUGGCAGUCGUGAACGCAGGGGGAUCUGAUGCGAUACAGGUCAGAUCAGCAUGUGUGUUCAUCUGGCACCAAUCCUGGGCUCGGUGCUGUCCUGUUUCAUUUGUGGCUUCCCAGGACCGUAUUUUCAGUCACAAAAAUAAAAAUUAUUCUUUUACUAUUUUAA